CUAGCAGCGGAUGAAAACAUGAGCCAUGUGACCAUUGGGGAACCAUCCUUGCUGGGUUCGUCAUUUUGGUUUUUCUACCGGUGCCAUCUUCAAUUUGAUAUAUAUAUAUAUAUUUGCUAUAGUUGGAAAACAUGUGGGUGCGUGCGAUCAGGCAAGCCAUCCGUAGAUGGCACUAGCCCAGGUGCAGGAAUGCACUGGCACAGGUGUUCCAUCUACAUUCAGAAAUAGAACGCAAUGGUAGUUGGCACAGUCGGCUCAGUUCCUAUGGAUUGCCCACGCCCGUUGUACCAUCUACCUCUCCAAUUUGCGUUGAUUUGCGCUUGGCUGGCCACACCGCACUAAUUUUUUCAACUUUUUGUGCCAUCUACCUAUCUUGGGAGUACCCUACUUGUGCCAUCCUAGUUUCCCCCAGUGUAAUUCCAAUGCGGGUGCAAUAUGUAUAUAGUUCGUUGGUUGUCCCACUGUUCAUAUUCAGGCCUAUGGUUCCUGAACACAUGUGUGUUUUUUGUUGUUCUGCGCCUCACACCUCGAAUUAUUGUUAUUGUUCAUACAUCCAAUCCUUUUGCCAUGGGGUUGCUGCUUCCAAACGUAGCGUUUGUGCUGCUGCCAUUGCCAACAGCAUUGCUGUAGGUACCUGGUUUGCCAAACAACGGCGUGAUGAUAAGCCGCAGCCCCGAAUCUCGAGACCUUGCCGGUGUUCAUCAAGGAGGCACUUGGUACCGAUUUGAGAAGGAGAACUUGCCGGACGAUCCUGGAGUUUUCGACCCAGAACCGAUCAUGGCUGCUGAGGGCAUGAUAGCCAAGCUUUGUUGGUGCAGCAAACUCUCCAAUUGCAACCCUGGGACUCCAGCAGAUUUCACGAUUCUUGCGGGGUUUAUUACAUUGGUGAGGCUUGCAGCUGACCUAGAUGUUACCUGUUACAUGCGCGGCCCUUGUUCUGGCGAUGUUCAGCUGGCUUCGGCUAAGCCGAUGGCGGCUGGAGAUCAACUGUUGGUAAAGACUGGCACAAGACCGUCGAUGAGACUUGGAGGCUGCACUGGUGAUGUCGUCACAGGCAUUGGCCCACUUCUGAAUGGGUAUUCAAGCAGAAUGACUCUCUCGGCGGAUGGUUCCACUGGCACCUAUGACCUUGGUCAAGCUGAGUCCAUAUCUGCUGGGGAGUACCGGCUUUGUUGGUGCCAAGCAAGCACUCGACCCUGCACAAUGCCGGAGGACUUUAACUUUGAUGUUGGGAAGCUUCUCCUUGCUUCUGCUGAGUACGUGUGGCCUUUGUGUUCCUACCAGGCUGUCAUCUUCACCUCAUGGAGGGACUGGCAAACGUUCGAUGACUGCUGCUGCAACUACAAUGAAGCAGGUGCGGUUGGCUGCAAGGAUGAGACUUCCUAUACUUACAAGCUGUGUGCAGGAUAUCCUCUUCGUUAAGCAGGAAGUACCAUCCCGGAAGACCUGAGCACAAGAUGUCAAGACAGUGGAAUUUUGCCCAUGUUGGCCGCCGUUGGCUUGGGAUCUCGAUGGAUCACGUGCUCAGCUGCUCGCAGUUUCACAGGCCGACCGAGCCGUCAGAGGCAAAAAGAGCCGAGC